AUGGUCUAUGAGAACAUCAUUGAUGCAACAGAAAAUUUUGACCCCAAGUAUUGCAUUGGAGUGGGAGGAUGUGGAAGGGUUUUUAGAGCAGAGCUGCCAAAUGGUCAAGUUGUUGCUGUCAAGAAACUUCAUGCAACAGAUGGUGAUGCCUUGAGGAGGUUGAAAGAUUUCACCAAUGAGAUCCAGGCGCUAACAAAUAUUAGGCAUCGUAACAUUGUGGAGCUCUAUGGCUUCUGUUCACAUACACAACACACUUUCUUGGUGUAUGAAUUCUUGAAAGGUGGAAGCUUGAUGCAGUUAUUGAGCAAUGAUGAAACAGCAUCCAUGUUCGAUUGGAUCAAGAGGGUAAACAUUGUCAAAGAUGUGGCAAAAGCAUUGUCCUACAUUCAUCAAGAUUGUUUGCCUUCUAUAGUUCAUCGAGAUAUAUCUAGCAAAAACAUUCUGUUAGAUUCCAAGUAUCAAGCUCACAUCUCUGACUUUGGUACUGCAAGACUCAUCAGGCCUGAUUCAUCUUGUUGGACGUCAUUUGCAGGAACUUAUGGAUAUGCUGCUCCAGAACUUGCUUAUACCUUGGAAGUAAAUGAAAAAUGUGAUGUUUAUAGUUUUGGAGGAUUGGCUUUAGAAGUGAUCAUGGGCAAGCAUCCAGGUGAUUUCAUAUCAGCACCAUUAUCAACAGCAUAUAAUGUAUUACUGAAAGAUCUUGUGGACCCUCGACUUUCUUUUUCAAGUAAUCAAGAGUCAAAACAAUUGGUGUUGGUGGCAAAGCUGACAUUGUCAUGUAUAAAACCAAAUCCCCAGUUAAGGCCAACCAUGAAACAAGUGUCUGUCCAACUAUUGAAGGAAACACCAUCUCAAUUCGACAUAUUCCCAAUGGUCACAAUCGGACAACUUCUUGAUCUGAAAAUCAUGAAUUUUAGAGCUUCUGCGUCUUGA